AUUAAUCGUGUUGUCAUUGUUAUUUUAACCUUUAUGUAAAGCCUGCUAUGAUUCGUGGUUUACCAACAGCUUUUCUUUCAGCUUUUUAGAAUUGUUCUAUAGAUUUUAAUGUUUUCCAAAAUCUGGCAUUGGAUUGCUUCUUUCUGAAACACUUUAAACGUAUUUUUCUACUCCUAUAGGUUAGUUGGCAUCAUCAUUAAACUAACCUUUAGCUUGCAUUGUGGCUGUACUUAAUUGUUGGCUGAGGAAAAUGUGUCGUUCACCCUAGUUAUUCUAACUGGAGGUUAUUGUCUAGCAUCAGUAUCCAUUAGUGCUGUAUUAAGCAAGUCUGGAUUUGUAGAACAUGACGAAAAUGUUCACAUAUAUCUGGCAGUACCUGUACACAGCUUUCUUUAGGUUUUGGCUGAAGUGGUUUAUAAGACAAGUAACAGGGAAAUGUGAACUGCAGCGCAUUUGUCAAGGAUAUAAUCCCGGAGCAACCAGAACUAUGAAGACAGAAUAUUCCUUGAAAUCCUCAAAAAGCCAGAUUUUAAGAAAUGCAGUGAAUGUUGAAGAAGAUGAGGUGGAGAUAUGUGUCACCAGAAUAAUAAAGGAAAAGAAUAUUCAUGAACAGAAGGAUCCAAAGUUUAAGAUAAACCUUCAAGUGUGUUUACUUCAAAUAUCUGGUUACCAGAGACUCUGCGUAGCUGUGGAGGACCUCCGGAAACAGGCUUUUGAUUCUGCAGUGAAUGAGCAUGAAAACAUGCUUUUGAAGCAGUGGGGAGAUAUUGGUUUCCAAGGAGAUGACCCUAAAACGGACUUUAGAGGAAUGGGCAUGCUGGGCUUGACCAACCUUAUUUUCUUUAGCGAGAAUCACACUGAAGUGGCUCGACAGGUACUGUCACACUCAAACCAUCCUAAACUUGGCUAUUCCUAUGCUAUAGUUGGAAUAAAUCUCACAGAGAUGGCUUAUAGUCUGCUGAAUAGUGGAGCUCUGAAGCCUCAUUUCUACAACGUGGUGCCUGGAAACCCACAACUAGAACACUUCCAUCGGGUUUACUGUUACCUUGUCUAUGAGUUUGAUAAAUUUUGGUUGAAGGAAGAGCCUGAAAGCAUCAUGGAGUUUAAUCAUUACAGAGAAAAGUUUCACGAAGAGGUGAAAAGACUUUUGCUGGAACCUGAUGUGGCCCUUUGUUUAACCUUGGAAACUAAACAAUAAUAGAAACUGGUCAUUUAAAACCUGAUUUAUAGAUAACCUUUGAAUAAUAAUUGUAAAAGCUUUGCUACCCUUUCCUUUUAAUUUAAACCCCCUAAAACCUUUUUUAUAACAGUAUUUAUAUGUGCUUUAGACAAAAUGUGUAGAUUCAAUAGACAAUCAUUCCAGUGUUUACACUAUUUCUUGUCGAAAGUGAAGUACGAAGUUAGUGGUUAUUUUAGUAUUGAGCAAUUUUAUGAGCUUGCAGUGUUUGAAAAAUAAUUGGUUUUUGAACAAUAAGUUGCACAUGUGUUAAUUGAAGAUAGUAAUGGUUACGUUAUUAAAAAUCGCUGAAGACAAUUUAAAACAUUUUUAUGCUGGAUUUCAUUGUUGAAAUUGUAGCACAUUUUUGAGACUGUUCUAUAUUGCCUAGUCAUAAUCUUUCUCAGGAAAACUAUUUAUAUCCAUAGUAAGUUCACAUUUUAUAUUCUGUCAGUACUGAGAAUUUGUUGGUUGCCACUCCUGCAGUGUUUCAUAUUAUUGGCCAUUAUCUUCAGUGUUUUCUUGCCCAGCUUUACAUUUAACAGGACUAAAUCUGCAUGAAGUUUUACAAUGUUUUAAUGCCACAAUAAGAAUAUCAAUAUACUUUACAAAUGAUGUAUCAUAUGUCUCGUACCUCUGUAAUAAAUUAUUUUUCACAUCAUUUACUGACAUGCAUUAAACAGACCUGAUGUACUGUAUUUGUCUAGACAACAUACGAUAUACUCACAGAUUCGUUCUUUUCUGAGAAAAAUCCUAAAAUGAUCAGGCAUUGUGACUUCAUUGUUUGUCUAACUGAUUAUUGGGAACUUGUCGUGUCCCCACCAUGGCUGACUUUUGCUUGUCUUCAGCCAUGUGCUACAGUAUAAAAAUGUGCUUUACAUUCAGCUCUUUUGACACUUCAGACAUCAAAAGAGAUUUCCGUUCUGUUCCAUAUUUCUGAAUGGGGCUUGGAGGCUCUGUAUGCUUACCUUUCCAUCACUUUCACCUCUGGAUGAUAUCCGUCCUGCUGUCCCUUCUUUUCAGAACUGUAAUUUUGUACUUUUUAAUCACAAUUUUGUUGAGCUCAUCUUCUUCUGAUGUUUUUGGUUGUGAAAUAAAUUUUCACACACUGA